AUGUUUACAUUCCAAGAAGGCGGUGCUAGUUGCCAUACUGGAUCUUAUACAAUGUGGUGGAAAAACCGUUGGGAAAUUAAACGUUUUGACUACUGGCCAUCACAAAGUCCAGAUUUGAGCCCCAUCGAGCGCGUCUGGCAUGCCUUAAAGGUCAAUGUUCAAGAGAGAAAGGCCUCUAUAAACAAUAUUGAAGAGCUCAAGGCUUGUGUUUUUCAGGAGCGGGAGAGACUUGACCCAGGACUUCGUUGUACUCUUGCAGCAAGUAUGCUGGAUAGAGUUCAAGAAGUUAUAAAAGCUUGUGGUGACCACACCACAUAUUAG